CUUAAAGACAAAGACUUGUGAUGGAUAACUCUUAUAUUCUAUGAACCUUUGGGACCGUUUGAAUUAGCUGGCUUCGUGAAAAACAAGUGAACUCAACAGAGUAUAAAUAAAGGAACUUAUCCGAGUGUUAUUUUCAGUAAGUUACUUUAAAGACGAAGUUUGGCGUCAAUGAAAGUCAAAUAUCCAUAGAUUGAAGCAAUACAUUACUUGUUUGAUAAAGACUCCGCCGAGAAAAAUAGUUGGUAAUGAUGGACUAAUGAUGACAUUGUGAGUGUGUUGUGUCGAAGCGAAAGAAAAAUAGUGAACUACGGAAAAUAAACUACAAUAUGGAAGCUAAACCUCUCUAAGAACGGAAGACUGAGAUACACAGAAUGAACGAAGUGAAAAAAUAAGAUCAUUCCCGACGGACUUGCGCGAAAGCAAGAGAGAAAGUGGGAUAGAGUGAAACAGCAAAAGAGAAAAAGAUGACGGACGUCGCGGUGGCCAGAAUCUAAACUGUAACGGCUCUUUGUGAAACGAAUAAUUCGUCGUCGUUGGCGGCACCAGCGACUUCAGCGACGUCGUCAGGAACCCCUCCCCCACCCCCACCCCGCUCCCCCCUCCACUUUACCCUCCCUCCCUUCUCCCCAAAGGAGAAUAAAAAGUCCCUGGAAAACUGCUUAAGAAAGCGACUUGAGGCGGUUCCAUUUUUCCAUCCGGCGCCUUCAUAAUGCACUCUCACUCGAGAGCUCUCCUGCUUCUUGUCGUGGCUCUCCAGGGAGGUCUGGCGUCACGGGGAAGAAGACAGAGGGAAGAAGCUUACGAGAUACGUCCGCACCCUCACCCACCGCCCCAUACCCUUCGCCAAUCCAGGCCCUACCAGCCAAUCCUGCCUAAUCACAACCUGCCCGAGUUCAGCAACUUGUCCUUCCCCCACCUGGAGCACCAGAGGAGACGGGGCUCCAUCCUGUUGCGUAACCAGCAAGGAUUCCCGGAAGGAGCCUUCCAGGACCUCGAGGACCUCCAGUUCCCCCGCCAGAAACCGAGGACGUGGACCGCCAGGCCGAGGAUCGACUCUGAGCUGGAGGGCACCACGAGAGACCCCGCCAUACCAGACAACCCGGAGGGCCUGAAGAAUCCGUCGCUUCUAACGGGGCCUUGGGAAGAGGAGCCUCCCGUCAGGAUUACGGAAGCUCAUUUCAAGGGCGUCAACGGAAGCAUCGUGGAGGCUCAGGCUGGAACAACGGCCAACUUGCCCUGUGUCAUCAUCAAGAGAGCUGAUCACGAAACGGUGUCCUGGAUAAGGAUGCGAGAUCACCAUCUCAUCACAGUCGGGAGACAGACGUACAGCAACGACGAUCGAUUCUCAGUCACCUACAACCGACACCUGAGCGAAUGGAUGCUGCACAUUCGGUAUGCUCAGUCGAGGGAUGCUGGAGAAUACAUCUGUCAGCUUUCCACUCAUCCCCCCAUGGUCUUCAUAUCUACACUGACCAUCACUCAGGCCUCGGCCGUGAUAGCAGGCGGCCCGGAGAGAUACGUCCACGAAGGCAGCGCCGUCAUCCUAACCUGCUCCCUUCGUCAGCACACGCAGACGCCAGAGUACGUCUUCUGGUACCACAACAGAACCAUGAUUAACUUCGACACAGACAGAAAGGUGUCGGUUGAGAAGACGAAAGAUGGGAGUAUCUUGACCCUGCAUUCAGUGGGACGGACGGAUUCGGGAAAUUACACCUGUCUGCCAGCCAAUGCCCGACCUGCAUCCAUCACCCUACACAUUAUACUGGGUGAUGCCCCAGCAGCCAUGCAGGUGUCAAGGUCCUCGAUGAUUGCCACAACAGAUGUCGUCACACUGGUCCUAUUAUUCCUCCUGCAGCAGCAAGUGUCCAGCAGCAUCGCCUCCUUGAAAGCUCUGUUGCCCUUGUGAUAAUCACGAUUCUUCUUCCGCUAAAAAUAUAAAUACAUAGAUAGACCAAAAGAUAAGUCAACGGAGAAAAACUUUUGUCCUUUCAUCCGUGAAAGCUCAUUCAGAGAUUUAAAAAAAAUAGAAAAAAAAGGAAGAGGAGGACAUGAUCAUAGGAACUCGGAUCAAACACAGUUCCUCUCUGACCCGAUCCCCUGUCAGGUGAAAAGGUGGAUUCUCAUUGACCUUUUUUGAAUAGGUGUCAGUCUCCCCUGUCAGGUGAAAGGUGGAUUUCCAUCACCCCAUUUUGAAAAGGUGUCAGUUCCCCGUCAAGGGAGAGGUGGAGUUUCAUUAACCUUCUGGAAAGGUGCCAACUCCCUGUCAGGGGAAAGGCGGAGUUCCAUUAACCUUUUCUGGAAAGGUGUCAACUUCCUGGAAAGGUGCCAACUCCCAGUCAGGGGAAAGGCGGAGUUCCAUUAACCUUUUCUGGAAAGGUGCCAACUACCCAUCAGGUGAAAAGUGGAUUUCCAUUAACCUCUUCUGGAAAGGUGUCAACUUCCUGGAAAGGUGCCAACUUCCUGUCAGGGGAAAGGUGAAGUUUCAUUAACCUUUUGGAUAAGUGUCAUAGCUCGUAUCCCUUCCAAUUACAUAUGUGUUUAAAUGUGUGACUCGAACAUCAUCAUAAAUGCCCCGGAGAGACUCCCUCGAGGACAGUGCCCCUAGGGAAUAAAAGGUGUAUCUUCCAGUGAUAUUUAAAAUAAAAAAUAAGACUACGCAAAGCUGUCGUGGGUCGGUAUAUAUAUGUAUAUAUAUAGCAUUACCAACAUCACGCCAAAGUUCGUCAUAAUGUUAUUCCAAGUCACAUGGUGCCAUGUGCAUACAUACCUUUUAUACAUACAUACAUA